AUGGCUUCACGGUCUUUCUCCGCUGUACUCGUCGCCCUCUGUGCCUUCCAGGACAUCAAAUUCGUGACGGGCAACGCCACUGACUGCGACACUGAGUGCGCGACAACUUACCCUGGGUCAUAUUGUAAGUAUUGGAAGACGCCAAGCACUUGCUUCGGCUCGGAUGCAUCAUGCUUCUGCGGCACGAGUGAACCGACUGAAGCUCUCCGAGGUUCCACAUCCUCUGCCGCAGUGACGGAUGAGAUUACUGAGGCCACUACAAGCGAAGGAGGUACCACAGCAGCUCCCGAAGCAACGAGUAUGACCGGUUCUGAAGCUACUGUCGAUACCACAGUAGCGGUCAGUACAGCUGCUAUGACCGAUGAGGUUGCUGUCACUACUCCAGCUCCUGUGACUGGCGAAGUGACCAUCAGCACGGCAGCUGGGGAAGCUCCCGGUAGAGACAAGGAUGAUUCUGAUGCUACCACCCAGGUCGCUACGGAGGCUGCGACUGUCACGACUACGAUCGGUGUUUCUGUCGAGCCUGCUACUAUAACGUCCCCUCUGCCGGUCAGCAAAGCUGCUGUGACCGAUGAGGUUGCUGUCACUAAUGCAGCUCCUGUGACUGGCGAGGUGGCCAUUACCACGGCAGCUGGGGAAGCUCCCAGCAGAGACAAGGAUGAUUCUGAUGCUACCACCCAGGUCGCUACUGAAACUGCAACUGUCAUCGCCUCGACUACGAUCGAUGCUCCUGUUGAGCCUGCUACUAUAACGUCCCCUCUGCCGGUCAGCACAGCUGCUGUGACCGAUGAGGUUGCUGCUACCACUGCAGCUCCUGUGACUGGCGAGGUGGCCAUUACCACGGCAGCUGGGGAAGCUCCCAGCAGAGACAAGGAUGAUUCUGAUGCUACCACCCAGGUCGCUACUGAAACUGCAACUGUCAUCGCCUCGACUACGAUCGAUGCUCCUGUUGAGCCUACUACUAUCACGUCCCCUCUACCGGUCAGCACAGCUGCUGUGACCGAUGAGGUUGCUGUCACUACUCCAGCUCCUGUGACUGGCGAAGUGACCAUCAGCACGGCAGCUGGGGAAGCUCCGGGCAGAGACAAGGAUGAUUCUGAUGCUACCACCCAGGUCGCUACGGAGGCUGCGACUAUCACUACUACGAUCAGUGUUUCUGUUGAGCCUACUACUAUAACGUCCCCUCUACCGGUCAGCACAGCUGCUGUGACCGAUGAGGUUGCUGUCACUACUCCAGCUCCUGUGACUGGCGAAGUGACCAUCAGCACGGCAGCUGGAGAAGCUCCCGGUAGAGACAAGGAUGAUUCUGAUUCUACCUCCCAGGUCGCUACGGAGGCUGCGACUGUCACGACUACGAUCGAUGCUCCUGUUGAGCCUACUACUGUAACGUCCCCUCUGCCGGUCAGCACAGCUGCUGUGACCGAUGAGGUCGCUGCUACUACUGUGGAGACGACCGAUUCCGAGACUACUCUCAGUCCGAUUGUGUAG